AGCCUUGCCUUCUCCUGCCAGUCUCCUUCGUUCUUCUUCGUAGCCUCAUUCCACCUCCCACUUCGACACACUUCCGCCCAAUAUGGAAUCCAAGCAAAAGGACGUCCUAUCCUCUCCACUAAACCCAGCCCACUACUUCGCCUACGCCUCGGCUGCCUAUCUCUUUUCCCUCUCUCUCCCUCUUCUCCUCUUUCCCCGAGUCCUCCUCCUUUUGAGCACUCCUCGAGGAGCAGCAGGACAGGCUACUAGUGAGACGGGAAAUGCAGCGCAGAACUCUGUUAGUGCAUUGGGACCAGAGUUGACGCCGAUUGAGAGGUUUGCAAGUUAUGCUUGGGGCAUGACAAUGAUUACGCUGGCUGUUACUGCUAUCGUGCAAACUGGUGCAAUCCCCCUUACCUCUGCGCCUAUCGCCCCCCGAGCGGACUCUGGUGCACCCGCAACCCGUUUCCCCUCUGUUCUCGUCCUCGUCCUCUACUUCUUAUCCAUGGCCCUCGUCUCCUACGCCUCGGCCGGCAGCGCCUCUACAGCCGUCGAAGCCCAGUCUGCCGGUGAACUCGGUCUGGGUACCUUUGCCUACUUUAUCGCUGUCCCUUCGGCCUUGUUGGCCUUUUGGGGAACAGGUGCAUUGAUGUUUGGUGAUGACUUGACGAGGAACAGGAAGAAGGCAGGUGACAGUAGUGCAAAGGAUUCGGCGGCUAGCUCAUUCCCAUUCAAGAACGCUUACGCCGAGGGUGAGAAGAACAAGUAACAAAGCCAAGGGGAAAACAAGGAUUUGUAUGUGGUUGGGCAAGUGCAGUAGGGAUCAGCCCAGUAGGACGCAGACUGCUCUCAUGUAGCUCAACAG